AUGUUCCAAGAGUCUUCUCCCAUGCAAACGCCUUUCGGAUUAGCUCCACAGGCAAUAUCAACAGUGCGGGCGCCAACACUGGAUGCUAAUACAACCAAAAAAAGACCGCUUCAACCAUUAGACAGGACAGCCUUCGCCGGCCAGCGAGCUAUACGGCCACGGCUACUUGGCCCCUCUGGCACGGAAGGUUCUGUGCAGACGCAGCUUACUCCAGGGCUUGAGCCAAUUUCUGGAGGAGAGAAACCACCAAAGCCAAGACGUGGGAGGCCAACUAAGGCAGAGUCAGCACGACGGCAAGCAGAAGCUCAGGCACAAGGCAAAGAAUACUCGUCUUCCGGAAGGCAGGGAGCAACCAGACGAGGAAAUAAACCCAUGCCGUCUGCUGUGGGAAGCACAACAAGUGAGGGAUGGGUGAUCUCACCAAGACCGCUAGUAGAUAACCCAGAAACAAGAGCGACGGAGGCAGCAUCAGGAGAAUCUUCAGGAGCGGCUGGAACCUCGACACAGGCAUGGAGAGAACGGCCCAUAGAGGAUACAGCACAAGAUCAGACGGAAUUAACGUCACCACAAGGAGAGAUGCGGCCUCAAGCUGAAACGGAACGGACAUUACCGUCCAUACAGUCGAUGCAACUGGUAUUUGGGGGCGAUACACCGCGAACGAUUCCCGGAACUGCGGGGGUUAGGCCGCUAGGUGCGCCUCCAUUUUCGUAUCCUGGAAGCAACCGAGCAUUUCCAAGUGUCACAGGUACGUCCAAUCCAGGACAUCAACAAGGACCAAGUCUCGAAGUAUUAGGGGGGACCGGAGGAAACCAGGAAACAACACGACGUGAGGGUGGACCAAGUGAAAGCGGAACAUGA